AUGAGCGUGCUACAAAAAAAGAAGACACUUGAAGGGCUUUAGCUCUCUGUUUCAUAACAAAAAAUUGAGGAUGUAAUGUCUGUUGAAGGAUCUUUUAUUGGAGAUAAUUUUGUUUUAGAUUAAAAAGGAAUGAGUAUUUAAGGAAGUUAUUAGCAAUAUGAUACUUAGCAUAGCCAUAUGAGCGUAGAAGAAGAAUUAAAUUUAGAGGAAUGUUAGCGCUAAUUCAAUAAUUUGGAACUCAAAACUGACAAAGAUGGAUUUAAAAUCCCUUUGACUAAAAAGCAAGUUUAAGAAUAGCAAGAUAAAAUAAAAGAAUAAAAAAAAAUAGAAAAGUAAUAAUAGAAUAUUUUGCAAAACUAAUAAUAUGAUCUUCAACAAUUAUGCACUAUACAAAUUAGUGAAGUUAAGUGUAUAUAGUUAUUAGGUAGCGGUUCAUCUGGAACUGUCCAGAGAGGUAUACAUGAAAAAACUGGGCUUGAAUUGGCACUUAAAUAUAUAAAUUUGCACACAGAUGACUAGUUUAAAAAAUAAAUAAAUCUAGAAUUAAAUACACUCAUUCAUUGCAAUAGUGAACAUAUAAUAAAAUGCUAUGGAGCUUGCUUUGAUCAAGGAAAAAUCACAAUUGCACUUGAAUAUAUGGAUAUGGGAACAUUAGGAGAUUUAGUUAAAAAGUUUAGUAGAAUACCUGAAGUAAUUAUAGGUAUUAUUACUCAUUAGGUUUUAAAAGGAUUGGAGUAUUUGCAUAAAACAAUGAAAGUUAUUCAUAGAGAUAUUAAACCGUCGAAUUUGCUUGUUAAUUCAAGUGGUAUAGUUAAAAUUGCUGACUUUGGUGUAAGUGGAAAAAUAAACCAUACUCUAAGUACUAAAAAUUCUUGGGUAGGUACAGUAUAAUAUAUGAGCCCAGAGAGACUAUAAGGAAACAAUUAUAGCUCUGAUACAGAUCUUUGGGCUUUAGGCAUUACAAUUUUAGAGUUAGCAUUAGGAAAAAUGCCUUUUUAAGGUAUGGGAUACUGGGAAUUGAUUAAUUCUAUCACGCAAGGAAAUAUUCCAUAAUUACCAGACGAAUAUUCUGAUGAAUUGAGAGACUUGUUAAAUAUAUUGCUCCAAAAAGAGAGUGGAAAUAGAUCUAAUGCAACCGAUUUAUUAAACCAUCCUUUCGUGCAAGACUAUGUAGAUAUUGAGCCUUCAUAUUUUGUUAAGUGGAUUUAGAAAGGAAAUCACUGA